AUGGCCAAGAAGGCUCAAGUUCCAGAUGCUUGGGAGGACGACGAUUGGGAGACGCAAGCAGACAAGGCUACCGCCGAACCAUCAGCUCCAGAACCGGCGCCGGCGUCCCUCAGCAAGAGAGAGCGCGCUGCGCAGCAUGCCGAGUCCAACAGAAGACUCUGGGAAGCGGCAGAGGAGCCAAACAAUGGGGCACCCCUGCAGUACAUGUCGCAGCAGCCCGAACCCCCGUUCGCACAAACAUUCAAAGCGCCCCCAAUAGUCCUCGCGCGUAAACCCGUACUGGCAAAGCGAGACCCAGUCACGGGUGGUAUGGCCAAAUUGUCCCUCGCAGACGAUAGCGACGAAGAGGACAAGAAACCCCAGGAGACGCCGGAGCAAAUCCGGGCACGCCAGAAGCGUGAGCACGAGGAGAAACAGCGGCUCUACGCCGAAACGAGGGCCAAGAUCUUUGGAGAGAGCAGCAACGGCGGCAGCGGCAAUUCUCGAGCUGGUAGCGGACGUAGCUCAGGAGCGACAACCCCCGGAACCACAACUCCUCCACGCAAUCAAAGAGGCAGAGGUCGUGGCAGGGGCGGCCCUAGGGGACGUGGUGAUCGUAACAACCACCAUCGCACAGAUUCUGGAAGAUCCAGGGAUGAAAAUCUGCAUGAAGGCACACAACGACGCGAUGAAGGGCGUGAGAGAGAGCUUUACGACCCCAACUACUCACCAAGACCAGUUGUUCCCAUGGAACAGCGCACUGGAUCCGGGACGUCAGGUCAAUCUACACCGCGAAAAUACGAGCAUACUAUUCGAGCACCUCGCGGCCCCGAUGGCAGUGGCCGGGGCGGUUUCGGUUUCGCCAGACGAGGAGCAAAGGAGGACUGA